AUGAUUGCUGGCAGCACCGACGGUAAAAUAAUGGUCAGAAGAUGUCUACUUACCUUCAAACCGUUCAGGAUAUUCGUGGUGGGGAUCGGAUUCUUCAGCCUGUGCUUCCUAAUGACCUCUCUGGGGGGGCAGUUCUCAGCCAAGAGACUGGGGGACUCCCCGUUCACCAUACGCACAGAAGUGCUGGGAGGAGUGGAGUCUCGAGGAGUGCUCAGGAAGAUCAGUGACAUGUUGGAGGUGAUUCUGAAGAGAAUGGACACUCUGUCCAAACUGGACAACAGCUCCAACAGCGACGCACGCCGUCUCCACGAACUCAGCUCUGCAAUCAACAGAAUUCAACCAGCUGGUCUGGUGGAGAGAAUCCAAGCUAUAGCCCAAAAUGUGUCCAACAUGGCCAACAGAGUGGAGCAGAUCCUGCAGAACAGCAUUGUCCAAGGCAGAGUGAGAGAAGGGUCAACCAGCCAGUGUGAAGUUCCCAGAGAUCCACGCUACCCAGAGUGUCCUGGUAAAGUUGAUUGGAUGCGUGCUCGUUGGACCUCGGACCCUUGCUACGCCUUCUAUGGUGUGGAUGGCUCUGACUGCUCCUUCCUGAUUUACCUGAGUGAGGUGGAGUGGUUCUGCCCCCCUCUGGCCUGGAGGAACCACAGCAGCCUGCCAACUCAGUUUACUCACCACCAGACUAAAGCUUCCAAGAGACAAGCUGCUUUCCGGACAGACCUCUCCGUAUUAUUGGACCAAGUGGGAACAGGGAAAGAGUCUCUGAGUUUUAUGAAGCGCAGAAUCCGUCGCCUCGCUCAACAGUGGGCCACUGCUGCCAACCGCCUGGACGCCAAGCUGGAGCAGAGAUGGAGAGACCAGAAGAAGAUCCUGGUGCAUGUUGGCUUCCUGACAGAGGAGUCUGGAGAUGUGUUCAGUCCGAAGGUGUUGAAGGGAGGUCCUCUGGGAGAGAUGGUCCAGUGGGCGGACAUCCUGACCGCUCUGCAUGUUCUGGGCCACAACCUCAAGAUCUCCAUGUCACUCAAAGAACUGCAGGGAUUUCUUGGCGUUCCCCCCGGCAGAGGCAGCUGCCCACUAACUGGCCCUCUGCCCUUUGACCUCAUCUACACAGACUAUCAUGGCCUGCAGCAGAUGAAACAACACAUGGGGCUCUCGCUAAAGAAACAUAAAUGUCAUAUCCGAGUGAUUGACACAUUUGGGACAGAACCGGCCUAUAACCACGAGGAAUACGCCACACUGCACGGAUACAGGACCAACUGGGGCUACUGGAACCUCGACUCCAGACAGUAUAUGACCAUGUUCCCUCACACCCCGGACAACUCCUUUAUGGGCUUUGUGUCGGAAGAGCUCAAUGACACCGAGAAGAGGAACAUCCAGCAGAACAAGGUUAACAACAUGGCGGUCGUGUACGGCAAGGAGCCUAGCAUGUGGAAGCUUCAGGGUAAGGAAGGCUUUCUUCAGAUCUUACAUCGUUACAUGGAGGUACAUGGCACAGUGUACUACGAGACCCAAAGACCUCCUGAAGUCCCAGCCUUUGUGAAGAACCAUGGUCUCCUACCACAACAUGAACUGCAGCAGCUGCUACGCAAGGCCAAGCUCUUCAUUGGCUUCGGUUUCCCCUAUGAAGGACCUGCUCCUCUAGAAGCAAUAGCCAAUGGCUGCAUAUUCCUCCAGCCCAAGUUCAACCCUCCACAUAGCUCUCUCAAUCAUGAAUUCUUCAGAGGCAAGCCCACAUCCAGACAGGUCUCCUCGCAGCACCCCUAUGCAGAGCAGUACAUUGGCAAACCUCACGUCAUAACUGUGGACUUCAACAAUUCAGAGGAGUUUGAUGCGGCCAUUCAAGAAAUCAUGAGAACCAAGGUUGAGCCGUAUCUGCCUUAUGAGUACACAUGUGAGGGUAUGCUGGAGAGAGUACACGCCUACAUUCAAAACCAGGACUUCUGUGCCCCUGAUCACCCCUUCGUCCUGGCUAACCUGUCCAGACAGGGGACAGCUGGUGGGAGCAGGCGGCAGGGCCCUGUGUUCGUGCCCCUGUCCAACUCCACGGCGCUGGGAUGGGCAUUGAACGUGACCGCACCUACGGUCUGGCCCCCCCUGAGCUCGCUCCGUCUGCUCGUGUCACAGGAGGGACAGUCGUGUGUGGAGGCCUGUCAGAGCUCAGGCUUCAUCUGUGAGCCUGCUCACUUCCACUACAUCAACAACAAAGAAGCUCUGCACGCGCUGGAGGUGCAGUGUGAGGUGGUGGACUCUGAGAUGAAUCACAUCCUGCCUGCCUUCUCUGUGACGCGGAGAGAGUGUGGUCUACAGAGAGAACCACUGCUGUUCAGCUGUGCAGGACACUCCCCCAAGUACAGGCGUCUGUGCCCCUGCAGGGACUUCCGCCAGGGACAGGUGGCGCUGUGCCGAGACUGUCUAUAG